GGCGAGGCGGCGAGCGGCGACCUACAGCCAGUCAGUCGGCCGUGUGUCCCUUGAGCGCGCUCCGUGUCGUUGCUCGCUCGAUGUGUACUCUCGAUUAAACAUCGCAUAAUCUUACCCAAUAUCGCUAUUGGGUGAUAACUUAUCAUGUGCUAUGACGCGACGGUACAUUUUAAAGUUCUCCCAAGAUAAGCGACAGUGUAGUGAUUAAAAUUUUAUUGUGCACGGUUGGAGAAUGUGCGCGCACUGACGUUCUCGCUAAAGGAAAACGUAUUACCGUUACGUAGUGCUCUUUUACUAUGUCGUUAUUUAAGAAGAAGGCUCCGAAGUAUACGCCACCCCCAGUGCCUCAGUCUCCCACGGAGGACCCUCACCAGCAAGCCAAUGGGGUGGACAACAACAAUGGAUCGCAGAAGUCACAGUUGGUGUUUCACUGUCAGCAGGCACACGGCAGUCCUCUUGGACUAAUCUCCGGGUUUUCUAAUGUAAAGGAACUGUACCAAAAGAUAGCAGAAUGUUACGACUUUCCACCUGACGAGAUUCUGUUUUGCACGCUAAAUACCCACAAAGUGGAUAUGAAGAAACUCCUCGGCGGUCAAAUAGGAUUAGAAGAUUUCAUAUUCGCGCAUAGAAAGGGUCGUCCUAAGGAAAUAGAAAUAGUUAAGACAGAAGACGCAUUGGGACUAACAAUAACAGAUAAUGGAGCUGGAUAUGCAUUUAUCAAGAGAAUAAAAGAAGGUUCCAUUGUAGCCCGGAUACCGCAUAUCGAGGUUGGAGACCACAUUGAGAAGUUAGAUGGAGAAAAUAUGGUUGGGAAGAGGCAUUAUGAAGUCGCUAAGAUAUUAAAAGACAUUCCAAAGGGAACUACAUUUACAAUUAGAUUGGUGGAACCUCUUAAGAGCGGUUUCGGUAGCAUAGGACCAAAGACUAGUGGUGCAAAGUCUGGAAGAAAACAAAAUUAUGGAUCGGGAAAAGAAACUUUACGGUUUAAAGCCAAUGGUCAAGCUACAAUAGAAAAUGAUCAUGAUGACAAAUCGAAAGCCGGUAUUGAGAAAAUAAACAGCUUGUUAGAAUCAUUCAUGGGUAUCAACGACUCGGAACUGGCAACACAGAUGUGGGAUCUCUCCGAAGGAAAAACAAACUCCAUGCAGCUAGCAGACGCCAUCGACAAUAGUGACUUACAAGAAUUCGGUUUCACAGAUGAGUUUAUAAUAGAAUUGUGGGGAGUUAUAACUGAUGCUAGAUCUGGUAGACUCAGCUAAAGAAAUGUAGUAAACAUAGUUAAUUGUGUAGGAAAAUACUGAUUGUAUUUUUAAACCUUGAGGUACCGACUUACAAGAGCAGAGUGUGUUGUAAGCAAUUAUAAUGUCAUUCCAGCCUAAAAAGAUCUUUGGUAAAUAAAAUUGUAAAGUUUAUUAUUCACUUAGAUAGUUAUUACUCACACGAGCAGUUCAAAUAUUCAUAAAAUACACUGUUCUUACUUUAUCUUCGGAGUUGAAAGUGAGUAACCUGCCUAAUCUAAACUGGGUCAGAUAUUAUAAGAUUGAAUCUGCUGGUAAAUAUAACGAAUCUAUUAUGGAUCACAGAUGUCUUGGAUUUAUCCCGGCUACACGUUGUAAUACAAUGGUGAAAUUAAUAAAUUGAACAGUAUUUGUUUUGUUUCGGCAAAUUAUUCGUAGCAAAUUAUGUUUGAUAACAAUAAGUGUUAAUUAUGCAGAUUAAAUAAAUCAGAUAGUUGAUUUGUAAAAGAGGUUGGACAGAUUGGACCAACCUACUUAAAUAUAUCUACAGAAGUAUCAGACCUACAUAAUGAUUAAUGUAACUUUGUCGAAUUAUUUAUGACUAGUUUUAUUGAAGUUUACUAUAAUUAUACUAAGAUAAUUUAAAUUUGGAAGAUUUUUCGAUUAAAAAGAUUUAUUAAUCAGUCGAAAUAAUGCGUUGUAGUCAUACCGUGUAUUACUUUUAAUUAAUUAUGUACGUUUAUAUCAUUAUUCGGGCCUACCAUCUCGUGAAGUUUGUGUAAUUUUGUUUAAUUAUGGCGCCAAAAAUAUUCAGUUAGCAGGUACCUAAUUUUUUGUCUAUAUAAUACAUGUACUUCAUCCAUCGAAACGCAGUAUUUUUGCGCUUGUCUUAGAUGUAUCAAAAGUUAAUGUACAAAAUUAAACAGUGCAAAUGGUGGUACAAAUGUUUUAUGUAGUAGUUCACUUUUGUGAUUGUUGUGCAUUUAAAUGUUUGUAGAUAAUAUAUGAACAAUAGGUGUAUUUUGAAUCAUAUAUAUUAUUUUUUGUCUAUUCAAUUGAUGUCUUCUAAUCGAUAUUCAUUCCUUAUCUAUUUGGAAAGAGGUGCUCGUAGUCAAAAGAUUAAUUAUUUUCACCUUAAGUAUUUAUAUUAGUAAAAUACCUACCUACACAUCAGCUGUAAUUCAUUGAAUUGUGAAAACAUAAUUAAAUUUCUGUUAUCUACUUUUUUGUUGUUAAAAAAAAAGUUACAGAGGAUUUUUUUGUAUAAUAAAUUUUAGGACUCCCUUGCGCUAUUAGUGACAAAGUCGAAAGGAGCAUUUCAACAGAUUGCUGAUAGAUAGACGUCACUUCUAAUUUGAAUCGCAUGUUCUAGACAUAUUAUUACAAAACUUCUUACUUUGAUAUUUACAAAACUUACGUUUUGAAAUCAAAACUUUACUAAAUGUACAGUCAUUAGGUAAAAUAGAUACGUUUAUAGCAAAUAGAGAAAAUGUUUAAUUAAGUUAUUCUUAAGGUAGUCAUGAUGUAAGAAAAUAAAUAUUUUUCUGUACA